GGCAACUGUCGAAGUAGGAUCAGAAGCCGGAGGAAAGAUGUGGAUCCUGUGUGUUAGACUGCUGGCUCUGGGCUCUGUCAUCUCUGUCAUCUCUGUCAACGGAGACUCCAAAGCUGUCACAACAACAUUGACUGCUAAAUGGCCCUCUACACCUCUUAUGCUGGAGGCUAGUGAAUUCCUUGCUGAGGAGAGUCAGGACAAGUUCUGGGACUUUGUUGAGGCCAACCAAAAUAUUGAAAAUGAGCAUGAUGACACAGAUCUGGCUUACUACGAGCUCAUCAUAAAGAGAGUUAGUGAGCUUCUGAGUCCAGUGCAGCUGAACCUGCUCAAGUUUGCCUUGUCUCUGAGGGCCUAUUCAUCCACCGUUCAUUCCUUCCAUCAGAUCGCAUCGAAUGAGCCUCCUCCAACUGGCUGUAAAGCUUUCUUCAAUGUUCAUGGACAAACGUCUUGUGACACAGAAAAACUUCAAACCAUUAUAGAUACUGCCUUAGAACGGCCUAAACCAUACCUGUUCAAAGGUGAUCACAAGUUUCCAUCACCCAAUCCAGAAACACCCGUUGUCAUCCUUUAUGCUGAGAUAGGCACCAAAGAGUUCUCCAGAUUCCAUCAGCUGAUGCUGGCUAAAGCCAACGAGGGCCUGAUCACUUAUGUUUUACGACACUUUCUCUCGAAUCCCAGCAAGAAUAAAGUAUACCUGUCUGGAUACGGAGUGGAACUGGCCAUCAAAAACCAAGAGUACAAAGCGAAAGAUGAUACACAAGUUCAAGCUGGAGCUGAUGUGAAUGCCACAGUAAUAGGUGAAAAUGAUCCUGUUGAUGAAGUUCAGGGUUUUUUGUUUGGUAAACUCAAGACUAUUUAUCCUGAGCUGAAGGAACAGCUGAAGGAGCUCCGCAAGCAUUUGAUCGAGAGCACCAAUGAGAUGGCUCCACUCAAAGUCUGGCAGAUGCAGGAUCUCAGCUUUCAGACGGCCGCACGUAUCCUGGCAGCUCCUUCUGUAGAUGCUCUCAAUGUCAUGAGGGAUUUGAGCCAGAACUUUCCUACCAAAGCCAGGUCCUUAACAAAAACGGUUGUGACUUCAGAGAUCCGUAAAGAGAUUGAGGAAAAUCAGAAGUAUUUUAAAGGCACGUUGGGCCUCCAGCCUGGAGACUCGGCUCUGUUCAUCAAUGGACUCCAUGUUGACCUGGAUGCGCAGGAUAUCUUUAGUAUUUUUGAUUUGUUGAGGAAUGAGGCGAGGGUCAUGGAGGGUUUGCGCAGUCUGCUCAUAGACACACCAUACAUCCACGACAUCCUCAAACUCAACGUCCAGCCAUCAGACUCUGAUUAUGCUGUGGACAUCCGCAGCCCUGCAGUUAACUGGAUUAAUAACCUGGAGAUAGACGGCCUGUAUGCGUCCUGGCCCUCUAAUGUACAGGAGCUACUGCGACCCACCUUUCCUGGAGUUAUUCGACAGAUCCGCAAGAACUUUCACAACUUGGUGAUGAUUCUGGACCCUACACACGAAAACACAGCGGAGCUGAUCGGCGUGGCUGAGAUGUUCUACAGUAACAACAUCCCACUUAGGAUUGGAUUGGUUUUUGUAGUGGAUGACUCCGAUGAUGUUGAUGGAAUGCAAGAUGCUGGUGUGGCUCUACUUCGAGCCUUCAACUAUAUCUCUGAUGACGUGGACAGCCAGAUGGCCUUCGAUGCCAUCAUAUCGAUGUUGAAUAGAGUUCCCAGUGGAGGCAGACUAAAGGUGGAGCACGUGGUGGGUGUGUUGGAGAAGAGAUAUCCUUAUGUGGAGAUCAGUAGCAUCCUGGGGCCUGACUCUGCCUACGACAACAACAGAAAAGAGGGAAAGGCUUAUUAUGAGCAGACUGGUGUCGGCCCACUGCCUGUGGUGUUGUAUAAUGGAAUGCCUUUGCAACGUGAACAGUUAGACCCGGAUGAGCUAGAGACUGUUGUCAUGCACAAGAUUCUGGAGACUACCAGCUUCUUUCAGCGCGCUGUCUACCUGGGUGAGCUGAACAGUGAUCAUGAUGUAGUGGACUAUAUCAUGAAUAAACCCAAUGUUGUCCCACGAAUCAAUUCCAGAAUCCUGACCACCAGCAGGAAUUAUUUGGAUCUCUCCGCCACUAACAAUCAUUUUAUCGACGAAUACGCUCGUUUUCUCUCUCUGGACACCAAAGACAAGAAUGCAGCAGUGGCCAACAGUAUGAACUACUUGACAAAGAAAGGGAUGUCUUCUGUCGAUUUUUCUGAUGAUGGCAUCAUCCAUCCAGUGACUUUCUGGGUGGUAGGCGACUUUGACCAGCCCUCAGGAAGACAACUGCUGUACGAUGCUAUUCGACACAUGAAAACCAGUAAUACUGUGCGUUUGGGAGUGAUCAACAACCCCAGCGAGAGCCCGUCCAAUGAGAACAGCCUGACUGCUCGAGCUAUCUGGGCAGCCAUGCAGACCCAAACCUCCAACAAUGCCAAAAACUUUAUCACCAAAAUGGCUAAAGAGGAGACGGCGCAGGCUCUUUACGCCGGGAGUGACAUUGCAGAGUUUGCUGUUGGGGGCAUGGACAUCCCUCUGUUUAAGAGUGCAUAUGAGUCCCCUAAAGUUAACUUCCUGUUGGCUCACUCCGCGUACUGUCGGGACGUCCUUAAAUUGCAGAAGGGCCAGAGGGCUGUGAUCAGUAAUGGACGGAUCAUUGGUCCGCUGGAAGACGGGGAGGUCUUUAACCAAGAUGACUUCCUGCUUCUUGAGAGCAUUAUCCUAAAGACUUCAGGGGAGCGGAUCAAGGGUAAAAUUCAACAACUGGGCAUGGUAGAAGACAGAGCUAGUGAUUUGGUCAUGAAGGUGGAUGCCCUGCUUUCCUCCCAACCCAAAGGUGAGGCAAGGAUUGAGCACACCUUUGCAGAAGACAGAUAUAGUGCAGUGAAGAUCAGACCAAAGGAACAAGAAGUAUACUUUGAUGUGGUAGCUGUCGUCGAUCCAGUGACCAGAGGUGCUCAGAAACUGGCUCCCCUUCUACUGGUCUUGAAGCAGCUGGUUAAUGUCAACCUGCGAGUGUUUAUGAACUGCCAGUCCAAGCUCUCUGACCUCCCUCUGAAAAGUUUCUACCGAUAUGUCUUGGAGCCAGAGGUUUCGUUUCUGGCAGAUAGCAGUUUUGCUCCAGGUUCCAUUGCAAAGUUCAUGGACAUGCCUCAAUCUCCUCUGUUCACCCUCAACCUCAACACUCCAGAGAGCUGGAUGGUUGAGUCCGUCCACACACGCUAUGAUCUGGAUAACAUUUACCUUGAAGAGAUUGACAGUGUUGUGGCCGCUGAGUAUGAGUUGGAAUAUUUAUUACUCGAGGGUCAUUGCUUUGACGUCACAACAGGUCAGCCGCCCCGCGGGUUGCAAUUCACACUAGGCACUGCCUCUGACCCUGUCAUUGUCGACACCAUUGUUAUGGCCAACCUGGGCUAUUUCCAGCUGAAAGCAAACCCAGGAGCCUGGAUCCUCAGACUGAGGAAAGGCAGAUCGGAUGACAUCUACAAAAUUUACAGUCAUGAUGGCACAGACUCUCCAGCCGAAGCUGAUGAUUUAAUUGUUGUCCUCAACAACUUCAAGAGCAAGAUCAUUAAAGUGAAAGUACAGAAGAAGCCUGACAUGAUGAGUGAAGAGCUUCUCAGUGAUGGAACUCUUGAGGAUGACUCUGGAUUCUGGACUUCACUGACCAGAGGAUUUACUGGUGGUUCCAAUCCAGAAGAACUCAAACAGGAGAAAGAAGAUGUCAUCAACAUUUUCUCUGUGGCCUCUGGUCACUUGUACGAGAGGUUCCUCAGGAUAAUGAUGCUGUCUGUGCUCAAGCACACCAAAACACCUGUCAAGUUCUGGUUCCUCAAAAACUACCUAUCUCCAGCUUUUAAAGAUUUUAUCCCAUAUAUGGCAGAAAAUUAUGGCUUCCAGUAUGAGUUGGUACAGUAUAAAUGGCCACGUUGGCUCCACCAGCAGACAGAAAAGCAACGGAUCAUCUGGGGUUAUAAGAUUCUGUUCCUCGAUGUGCUGUUUCCUCUCGCUGUGGAAAAGAUCAUUUUUGUAGAUGCAGAUCAGAUAGUUCGCACAGACCUAAAGGAGUUGCGGGACUUUGACCUGGAGGGGGCACCAUAUGGUUACACUCCUUUCUGUGAGAGCCGAAGGGAGAUGGAUGGGUACCGUUUCUGGAAGUCAGGGUAUUGGGCCAGUCACUUGGCGGGACGUAAAUAUCAUAUCAGUGCUUUGUAUGUGGUGGAUCUUAAGAAGUUUAGGAAGAUUGCAGCUGGUGACAGACUGAGAGGCCAAUACCAGGGUCUGAGUCAAGACCCCAACAGCUUGUCCAACCUGGACCAGGAUCUGCCCAACAAUAUGAUCCACCAAGUGCCAAUAAAGUCACUUCCUCAAGAGUGGCUUUGGUGUGAAACCUGGUGUGAUAAUACUUCUAAAACGAAAGCAAAGACAAUAGAUCUGUGCAACAACCCUCAGACAAAAGAGCCAAAGCUGCAGGCUGCUGUCCGUAUAGUAGCCGAGUGGAGUGACUAUGACCAGGAGAUUAAGAAAAUCUACAACACCUUCGCUCCAGGUGGCACAACAGGCACCCAUCAGACUACAGACAGAAAACACACAGGUGGUGAUGAGCACACAGAGCUUUAAGCUGAAGAUCUACCACCAAAGAAGAGGGUACUCUGAUUAAAGAGUUGUCUUUUCUUUACGCUUUUUAAACCAAGCCUAUCCUCAAGGAACAGGUUGACAUUUGUGCUGAACUUGAACUUUAAUCAAAUAUAAUGCAAAUUCCCUUUUUGUUUCUAAUGAUCACCGCUUUUGUUUGGAGGUUUGAGGCUCAGGGUAAAACACAUGGAGAGGAGAGCAGGUGUACAUUCAUUAGGGCUGAUGGCAUCUCCAAUCACCGGGCAUUUUUAAUGCUUAAAGGCAUAGUUCACCUAAAAUUAUUUUUAAUGCGGCAUAGUUCACCUAAAAUUAUUUUUAAUGCUUAAAGGCAUAGUUCACCUAAAAUUAAAUUUAUUUCACCUUACGUCACCCUUUUGUUGUUUCAAGCCCGAUUUACUUUCUUUCAUGAAACACAAAAGGAGCUGUUUGGCAGAUUGUUAGCCUCAGUCACCGAUCACUUUUAUGAUGUUCAUUUUAUUUUUUAAUCAUGCAAUGAAAGUGAAUGGUGACUGAGACCACCAUUCUGCCUGACAGCUCCUUUUGUGUUCCAACGUUGUGUCAUUAAGGUUUGGAACAACAUGAGGGUGAAUGCAUGAUCAAAUUAAUUUUUUGGUGAACUAUCCCUUUUACUCAAACACUUUAGGCUUGAUGGACAUCUGCAUUUGCCACAUUCAAAAGCAGUUCCACUGGAGAAAAAAGGUAAACGCAGUCUCUGAUUGGUCUAGGAAUAACUGAAUUGAGCAAGCCACAGAAAGUGCAUGUGCACAUUUUUAACAUGAAAAAAGGGAUUCGAUAAAUGUCCCUCUUAGCUGUAAUGUCAGGCACUGACUUGCUCUCAAGAAAAUUAUUAUUAAAUCACGAAGAAUGGCACACAGACUGUUCAUUUAAAAGCCACCCAUGGUUUUGCAAUGCAAUGGCAGCAAAGUGAUGUCAUAAUAGGAUGACUUCAAAGCACAAAUCACUUCUUGUGACACAUUUUAAUUUAGAAGCUCAAUGUAAAAAAAAAGAAAUCUGAAUUCAUCUUUUGGUAAACAGACAUUAUUUUCUUUCUUGCCCAAGUCAAACCGGUCUCUUUUUGUUUGUGUUUGUGAGUGGUGGUUCCAUUUUACAGAUGAUCCGUCUAAUCUAAAUGGUGACAUAGUGUUGUGUCCAAAAGGCAUUUUAAAGAUGUUAAUUCACAUCACUCCUUUAAGAGACACAUCAAGAAGAUCUUUUAACUCAGGAACAAGCUAUUUGGUUGUUUUAUUCACAGCUGAGAUUACAUUUACAUUUAUGCAUUUGGCAGACGCUUUUAUCCAAAGCGACUUACAGUGCAAUUAUUACAGGGACAAUCCCCCCAGAGCAACCUGGAGUUGAGUGCCUUGCUCAAGGACACAAUGGUGGUGGCUGUGGGGAUCGAACCAGCGACCUUCUGAUUAACAGUUGUGUUUUAGCCCACUAAGCCACCACCACUCCCAUUUUAAUAAAGAUUAAUAAGAAAUUUGUAUUUACUGACAGAUUUCUGUGGGCAUCGACAAGCUCCAGUAGUGUCGUCACCGCUUAAUUUUGACUGAUGGUUACUCAACAUUAAAAUUAUUCAUAAUAGCACAUUCAGUUAAUGAACCCAUGUCAAUGGUCCAGUUAGCCCCAAAGGAUCUAAAUGAUAUAUUUAAAAUGGAAGGGAAAAAACCCUGCUUGUCAGGUUUCCCUAGAGAUGUUGCUUGCAGGGAAAAAGUAAUUACAGGUUGUAUUUUUUUAUCUGGAAUUUUGUUUUCUUGGUAUUCUUUCAAAUCACUGGAUUUCAUAUGUAACUCAUUGAAGUGGGAACCUAAUAUUUCUUUCAUGGUCAGUCACUGUGGCCUCGUCUGUUUCUGUGGUAACUCUUUUGAGGGUUUGAGAAUGGCCUCUCUUGACCACUAGCCCUAUACAUUUGAUUGUCAACAUCAUCAUCAUCAUCAUCGUCAUCAUCAUCAUCAUAUGGCAUGGGACUAUAAGUAAUAUAGAUGUAAGUUUUUCAUCCUGGGUAAUUACCUGGCAAUAUUACAUGCAUAUUGGCAAUAGAUCUCUGAGUCCAUUUGAUGUCACACAGACCCUGAAGAGUGAAAGGAAAACGGGGCUUGUACAGUUCCUUGUGUUUCGUUAUAUCUGAGAGGUUCAUUCCAGUGUCUUGUGGUUGUCUUUAUCUAAUGUACUUUGAGUACACUUCAUUUUGAGAAAAAGGACUGAUUUAGAAUGAUGAUGAUCCUUUGGAAUUACUGUAAUAUUAAUUGUGGGAUGACAAUAUUUUGUAAUAAAAGAUGUAC